AUGGUGAACAUCGUCGGCAACGACGAUCGAACUAUCGUGAGGGUUAUUCGGUCUGAUGGCUCCUUUUUCUCCACUCCUCGGGCUAGUUUGUCAUCGGGUUGUCCUGUCCUGGCCUUUGUGCACGCCGUGGCGCAGAGCUUUGUAAACCGCAGGAAGGCCAAGAUGUCUGUUGAUGUAGGUGGUAUCCGAAUAGCAUGUCUCAAGUGCUAGUCAUUGUGUCUUUGAUUUGCUGCAACCUAAGAUGGUCGCUCCUUGAAGGUUAACAAUUGUAACCAGUCUCCCUAACGGGCGUUGUUAUCUGAGAGUCUAGCUCUAGCCUUCGAGUUGCACUUUAUGGUCGUGUAGGCAGGUCCGCCCUUUUCAUCCGGUUUUCCCAACUUAGUUACAGUCCCCAUCAUUGCAACUUAUUCCGUAGAAACUACUGAGGCCGUGGUGAGUAACAGCAUGUGCAUAGGUUAUACCGAACGACGACGAAUAAAUCCUCGGGUCGAUGGGCUACGCCUACUCUAGUGAGCUACAAAAGUCGAGAAACUAGCCCAGUAACUCCGUAGGUGUAGGGAAGAACUAUCCAGACUUCGGGUUUCUGCCCUUUGGCCGGUAUCUGUUUGCUUGAAAUCUAAAGGUACCAUGAUAGUGGCCCAUGCAGCCGCCUUUUUAUGCCAAUCAAAAUAACGAAUAUGUUUGACCCUUGUUUAUCAUCCUCUUCCCAGUCACCUUUAAUUGAAAGUGCCCAUGUUUUAAACCAAACUCAGACAAAGGGAAGUCGGUCCCUUUAGCGAGAACCAUCAGUUUUGGAGCACAGAUGACUUCGCCUAAGAAGGUACCUUCGUUCUUGAAACGCGGGGAAUCAGACAACGAAGCAUCUAAAGGCAGAACAUGCUGUAUUAGUUAGUAUAGUCGCAUUAAUGAUUCUCCGACCAAAGGGGACCGUCGAAAAUCUCCUGAAUACACGGCAAUCAACAGAAAACGAGAAACCGCGGUCUGAUUGGUCGGUGACGAGUUGGUUUCAAAAUAAGUACUCACCCAAGCAUCCAUGGAUUUACUGAUUGACUGAUAGUGCAUUUUCGAGGUUUGUUGAGGGUUGCUGCUGAUAUUGGCUUCUGGUCUACUAACCGACAGUUCGACCAUCGAUUUCGAUGAUGUUCACCAUGUGCCCCACAGACUGCAUUGUAGAGCUGGGACGGUGACUGACGCAGGGGUUUAUAAUGCCAGUAGACUUGCGUAGCAUCUACCUACACUCUCUACUCCUCCCCCGCCUGAGUCCGGUGUCAAGACCAAGUCAAGAAGACCGGAGACGAGGGAGGCCGCAGGUGGAUGGCUCGGACGGAUCCUCGCCUUGGCGCUCCACUCCGCACCCCCUGGUCCACACACAAAUGACCAGGAUUUUGACCACAAAACAAUGGGGUGAUGGCAGUGGUCCAGUUGUGCGGCGAUUGCCGACAACAGGAUCUUCCAGCGCACCCCGCUAAUGUUGGCAUUUGUUAUUGCGCACAAAUAACACCUGCCAGAGUCUGAUGUGGCCCCCGUGUUGGUCCAGCGCAUCUAACACUUCUGGUCUACUACCAGUUUAAUGUCGACCUCAGUAAUCCAUAGAAGGCUGGAUUAACCACUCCCUGUAAACCAAGAAAAUAUUAUCCAUCGCCUGAAGACUUUAACAAUUGAGUCCGGAAGAUUUGAGAUGUGCUUUAACUGUAGAAUUUACUAAAUGGAAGAUGCAGAUGCUUAGUUGCAGGAAGUUAUGCACUGGUAGCUGUCACCAAAUCAGUGUGACCUUACCGGAUGACCAUAGGUCAUAGUUCAACGCUGACAAGUUGGCUCCGCAAAUCCGGCUCGCUUGCUAAACACAGACUCAGUGUGCGUGUUGAACUCGGCGUGCAGGCAAAUUCAAGCAUCAGGCGUUCGUCGCCGCACAAUGCUGUGGUUAAAGGCAGAGUAGGCGAGUUGCAUGAGCAACUUUAAUCUACAGACUGCACCUAUCAAUUUGCUUUGGUUUGGCCGGGCUCUCCGCGGUAAAUGCUUGUUUCCUCUGAAUGACAUCCCGAAAAUCUUGCACGGUAAUUCAGUACUUUAAAUAGUCGCGCAAAUUCACUCGUCUAGUUAAUGCUAACAGGCUCAUUUUUUUUCUCCAACACAGCGGACCGGAAAAGCAGAACCUCUCCAUAGUUAAUACAAAUUCGAAAAAGAAGUACGACCUAGUCAGAAAAAUCAGAGUUGACUCAAACGUUCAUGUAACGGGUUAGUAUAACCAACGGCGCUUCCCCACACCAAAAGGUACGACGGGAAAGUCAACAUCGUUGGUAGAAAUUAUCGUUAACACAAACACUCGAAAUGAAUUAAUGUAAUCGAAAGAGAAAAAUAUUAAGAAAAAUAAGCAAAUACAGUGCACACUGUGAAAUUAGGUUAUAGUGGACUACAAUGGGCUCGAAUAGUUUCAAUUGUGAUAGCAUACAGUGGGGUGUACUAAGAUGGGUAAGAGUAUGGAUUAAGAUAAACUAGGAGAUGAAGUGGGUUAUUUAGGAGUGAUUUGUGCCGCUUUAUUCUGCUUGGCGCAGAAGGUAACACAACGAACAGCCUUUGCACGGCGGAUGGUGGGGUGACGAUAUAUUUUGUGGAGACCAGGUGAUGAAAGAGUCAGGACCAGACUGAGAGAUUGUCCGGAGGAUCUUUCAUAAGAAGAUGAGAAAUCUGUUGAUGAAAAUAUCUUUUAAUCUGGGACUUCACUUGUACGAUGUGAAGGGAAUAAAUCUGAGGAUGUCGAAGGCUUGGCAAAAGUGAGCACUCCAUCAGUCGGUUGGUUAUCUGAAGCAGCUGUACAUCAGAGAUAGGCUGCAGAAAAUGCUAAAACGUACCAACACCUGACUUCAUUGGACAUUCAGAAUGAAAUAGGUGCGGAAUCCCGAUGUUGUCGAGCAUGGUAUCCGAAAAUCAAGAGAUCCCCCAAUCAGAAGCCAGAUGGACAGAUGUCGAGGGAUCCUUUCGACCGUGGAAGAAAACAUACAGGCAGCCCGGAAACCAGCAAGUGGGGUUAUGGUCACAGGAGGCGAUUACAUGACCAGUGGCAGACAGAGCCAAUCAGCAGAGGGCAUAUUAUCAACUGUCCCCCACCCAGACGUCACUCCUGCGACCUGAGUCGACAGUGGCGGUGGCGACCCCACGCGCAAUCGCCAAAACAACAUGAGGGACUAGGAUGCCCACAGUUGGAAGGCGGGUGAGUCACCCUAACACAGACAUCAUCAAGGGCAUCCCUCCCACACGCAUUUCCGAUCGCGGUUCUUCCCUAUAAACAUCGUCACGGUCACUCCAAGAAGAACGUCACCGUGACACAGGAAACAAAUGUUGACAGAAUGCCAGCCUGUCACCCUCGUGAUCGUAUAUUUCACCCAUGAGUUGAUCCGAUCGGGACUCUGCACAGCCAUUUCAACGGUCUGGCCAAUAAAGACCACCCCCGACGAAAUCUUGACAGCGAUUCGGCCGCGGACUGGCAUUCUAGGUAGGCGGUGGUGUGGUAGCCGCGUAAUAUAAAUACUGUGCCCUCUGGACGCUAGAUAGCUCUGACACUUGGUGCGAGUAUGAAUUCGAAAGCUCAGGUAAAUAAACCUCUAGUUUCAGUGAUAUUCGGAAAAACAGUUACGUAAGCAAUCUGCGUAGUUUGUUCAGGAAUCCUUUGUUUACCAUUAUCUACAUAUAUAACUACCAACUACAACUAAAUAAUUCAGGCCGUCGGUGUCCACCAUAGCUUUUUGACGGGUUUGUGUCCAACACUGGACCAUUCGUGAACUGUCGUUGCAGAUCAUCUAUUUUUGGUGAAACCGUUGACAGGUUAGCUUCUUCUCCAUCCACUGUGUGUCGUCUGCAUAACAUAAGAGGCCCGAUUGUUGCAGAAGCGAUAAUCUCACUGCUCCUUUGCUGUCUGAUAGGUGGUCAGGGUUGAGGGCAAUUAUUCGCAGACUUUCAGUAGACGGUGGUGGAGAGAUGAGUAAGCAAUGAUCGAUUUUCUUAAACCGCCUAAAAAGGGAUGUCCACACUGUCUGGGCCUGUGUUGUUUAAAAACUUGGUGACUCUGACAUUAGAAGGGAAGUUUGUUCGAACGUGCCAACGCAGUCUUCUUUGCCACAUUAACUAUGUCGUCAGUAUACGGUCAUCACCGUUGAGGUUUACUAAAGUUACAAAGGGCAGACAUUUCAUAUUCUUAGAUGACGGCGUUUACGAUCAGAGGAAGCAGUAGUGAUCCCAAGAGAGCGAUUUUUUCCUUGUUUGUAGGUAGUCACUGUGAAGAUGAAAGUUGCCGAGUUCAGCCACAGUAUUUAGUGUGCAAUGACAACUCUUCUCUCCUUCAUUUUAUUAUCUUCAUCCAGUCAAUUAAUAACGAGACGGCAAGGAAAGUAGACAAUCGAGAAGGGAGACUGGAAUAACCAUUUCCGGCUUAUUAGCCGUCAUCAGCCAGUCGUACCCAACCACGAAUCGUGGAACACCCGGGCUCGAUCCCGCGACCUGUUGGUUGGAAGUCCAGCACCCCUAACCAUUGAGCCACGGGCGACCGACAGGACAACCAGGCUGCGGCUCAGAGGUUAGGGCGUUGAACUUCUACCCAGCAGGUCGCGAGUUCGAGUCCCGGGUGUUCCACACCUCGGGGUCGGGUAUGGCUGGCUGACGACGGUCAAUAUGCCAGAAAUGGUCACUCCAGUCUCACUUGUCUUUUUCAGUAAUGUCAUUCUGUUUACGUUUACAUUGGUCUCUAAGUCACGUGAGGCCCAUCUUCACAGGUCUGGCUUCGCUGUAAGACGAAGUAUGCGUACCAGCAUGGGCUCAGUCUGUAGCCCUCAACAGGCGACAGCGUGAUAAAGUGCAGUCUAUCAAUGAAUUGUUAAUGUCUGGCUUUUUGUUGUCAUCAACCAGCCAGACAUCAGUCCCACAUUGAGACAACCUGAAAUUCUAGCCGGAGAUCAGUUUCUCCUUGAAUGGAACGUCUUGCUAUUUACUUUGGUGGAUGCGCUUAUUUUUUUCUCUAGUUUUUACCAGAGUAAAGCAGUUCUCCGUGAUAUCCCUUUUCAAAUUUGUACUAUGCCGUCGACAAAAUUAAUAUACUUCAAUCAUUUCGAUGAAAGUCGAGAGUUCUCUAUGGAGUUGGAGUGUUGUCUGCUACGACUUCGAGAGACCGUCAUUCUUACAAAGUUAAGAACGCAUAAUGGGUAUAUUCCUAUCGCAGAUAAAACUUUUGAAUAAUAUUGCUGUAGGCCACACAUUUAUUUUAUUCUGAGUGCCUCUCAGUUCAUCAAAUUGUUUCUGCGGCUUCCUACAACACAUACUUUUCCUUUACUUACUGAUGAUUAGAAUAACUGAAAAAAGACCAGAAGACUACUUCUGAUUUGGGUCUGAUUAGUCAUGCAGGUACCCUUCUGGAAGGUUUUGAAUAUAAGGUUUCCAGUUGAUGCAAUUUGUUUGCACCAUAAGCCUUCAGUUGUACGUUGUUUCGUAAUCUGUGCAGUCGUAUCCUGCUUACCUGAGUACGAGAGGCAGGAUAUGCAAUUCAGCUGGCAUAAAAGGGCGUGAUAAGAUUGCCGGAUCGUUUAUUCGAGACCAACUUCGCCAAACCAAGCCCAUUGUCUAUUUUCUACCAAUUGGCAUUGAACACCUUUGAAUACACGUGUCGAAGAGCUGUGCCACGUGAUUUCUGUUAAGACCCUGUGUCACUUGUCGUGCAUUGGUUGGCGUUGAGGCGCUGACCCGUGUGUUGUUUAUGCUACUCGUGCAAAUAUCUGAUUGGUCGUUGCACCGCGCAGUAAUAAGUGUGUGCUAGCGCAGUUGUGGAAACCAAAAACAACACUUUUCCAUGCGACACAUUUGGUUUUUCGUUAUUCGUAGUGAACCUGAAAAUAAAUUUCGACUUAAAUUAGCGAACCUAGAUAGGCGAAUGAUCAUCAGAAUAAUCUUUAGCAACAAAAAUAAGAAUUUGUCUGUCCAACACGUCUCCAACAAUUGAUUAAACUACCAAUCCUUCCAGAAAUGAACGCAUAUUUCUUUGGAUUUUAUGCGUUAUUUAAAGGUGUCUUCUGAGACUGCCUAGCUGCUAUUUAUUUAACGUAGUCUCCUAAUUCGUUUAGAAUCGGAAGUACCCCUGUCAACAUAUAACAAGGAUCAUUUUAACGAGGAAUUACAUCAAACCGUCCAGUAAACGUAGCUAGUUGUUCCUUACGUCACGCUCCUGCGGUAAUUCUGGAUGUGGUGAUGGAGUAGUUUGGUUGUACAUGCCUUCGGUGGAUAGUGACGCUUGAGGGCCGGUAAGGUCACUAGAUGUUUUUAGAUGCGGUUCGAGUUUGCCAGGUGUCUAGGAAACUUAACGUGGUCAGAGCGUCGACUAUUGCGUCAGUAAACCAUUUAACUCCCCUGCACUCUGCAGUUUGCCUAGGCAGUAAACUAGUUUGUCCCCCUAAUAGCAUUGCGGGCCAGAAGCCAUAGCGUCAUUUUUGAUGGUCUCCACUCACUGGACCCGAAACGAAAUUAUCCGCCAAAAACUACUCACCGCCUCUUUAAGGAGGAAAACAAGUCGGCAAUUCCACCUCUAGCGGCAUACUUGUCCGAUCAUUUCCUAUCACAAACCCGUAUUCUUCCAUCCAUGUUUCGGCUACGAGGGAGUAAUGUUGGAUUGAGUACCAGCUGGCGAGUGCUGCAACUUCUUCUCCCUCUACAGCGGGCCUCUACAGAGGGAUCGUGCUGUACCAACAGGGGUGCCAGCUCAUAGGACUGUGCGCCCAUAACACACGCCAAACGAUGAGGAGGGCGCGUAUGAUGUACGCCUUGUUGCAGGUUUACGCCGCGCCGGCCACAUGCAGCGACUUUACCUCCGGUCUUCUUGAUUCUGUCUUGGCACUAGGCCCAGGAGGGGGGGGGGGGAAAGAGAGCAUACUGUAGAUGCAGCGUAAGUCUACUAUCAGCAUAAACUAACUCACGCGCAGGUUACAGUCCCUGCGCCAACCUUACCGUGGUGAACAUCGUCGGUAACGACGGUCGGACUGUUCAUUGGGGUCAGCAACUCAGGGAACAGGGCGUUAAGUCGAUUGAAAACAGACCGAAAUGACUGACAAUAGUGGGUUAAAAAGGAGAUCCGAAAAAAGCGCAAGCUGUGGAAAGUCUUCUUACAAACGGGGAGCCCAGAAAAACUUCAAAAAUUAGACAACUAUGCAACUUAUGCAAAAGACUCCUCCGUGAAGUACGUGCUUCUUAUGAAAUGAAGCCUCUAGAAGAGGCACAGGAAAAACCUAGGACAUUCCAUGCAUACAUCAGGAGCAAUAGGAAAAACUGUGACCAUCUCGCAAACCAAAAGAACAAAAAUAACUAAUUUGUGUGCGAUGGCUUUUAAAAAGCGGAGCUUCGUACAUAAUGGCUUUAAAGUUUCUGUACCAUUGAACCACCCCUCCAGUCUUGUUCUCUGCCACAGCUUGUCAACCAGCCACUUAUAAACACGGUAUUAUUUAGGACGCAGCUAGUUUUGGUAGAGUUCAAUGAUCUGGAUAUGGCCAAGUAACCUGAACCGGACGAGAUUCCAGGCGUUCUUCUACGCCAACUAACUGAAGAAUUAACAGAACCACUCUGCAUAAUCUUCCAAAAAUCACUCGAAGUUGGUAAACUUCCUGAUACAUGGGAAUUGGCAAACGUCGUACCCCUCCGCAAGGGAGGACCACGGCUAUAUCCCACUAACUACCGGCCGGUAAGUCUGCCAUGCAUUCGCUGCAAGCUGAGGGAAAGGAUAGCUAAAAUCAAUUACAUCGCUCGAUUCAUUCCGCGGUCUCAUCAGCUCAGUUUAACAUGGCUCCUCUGAAUAGGGGUCUUGUCUCACAAACCUGCCUACGCCACUCAAACGUUGGCCAAAGACCAUGGAUAAAGGACAUGCAGUAGGUGUCAAUUUACUUUGAAUUCAGCGAGGCGUUUGAUUGCGUUCCACAGAAGCGCCUCGUUCAAAAGUUGUUAGAUGUAGGGAUAAAAGGAAAUUUUCUGAACUGGAUUAAAGAUUUCUUAAACGGUCGGGGACAAAAAAUCACUGCGGAUGGCUACUGCUCAGAAUGGGUGCCUGUUAAAAGUGGAGUCUCACAUGCGUCAGUCCUUGGCCCGCUCCUAUUCAUUAUCUAUGUAAAUGAUCUAGUACGGGAAAUGAAAUCGGACAUAGCGUUCUUUGCAGACGAUCUUAAACCGUGGAGGGUGGUAACAGAGGAAAACGACGCCAAGAUCUCACAAGAAGACGCAGAGAAUUCGCACACAUGGAGUAAGAAAUAGCGCAUGAAAUGCAACGUUAAAAAGUGUGUGGUAGUGCACAUAGCAUCAGCAAGACGAAGAAUAAACACACCGUCGCAGUAGUAUCUCCUGGACAUUCAACCACUUGAAACUGUAUGUGGACAAAUAGAUCUUGGCAUUUUCGUUAAAGGCGACUUGAGCGUCACCAAGAAGUGUUCUAAAUCGUAGCACGGCAAUGUCAGUCAUAAGCGCAAUACGGAGAACUUUUAUUAACUUGAAUGCAAAUGUGCUUGGCAAGGUAUAUGGGCAUUUGUGCGGCCGCACCUGGAAGAUGCCGUACAGGCUUGGCGGCCGUAUCGUCGGAAGGAUAUAGAUAUUCCUAAGGGUGUACAGCGGCGUGCUACAAAGGCUGCUCAUGAACGCAAAAAGUUUUCAACGAGCAGCGCCUGACGGCCUUGGAUCUGAAUCCCUUCCACUACAAGCAGGACAGGGGUGACCUCAAAACAACAUGUCAGUUGAUAAGAGCACUCGAUCUGGCACCAAAGGCUGGUCUCGGACGACACGAUUACCAGCUUGAAAGGGAACAGUGCCACACAGAUCAACGUUCAUGCUUUUAAUCGCAGAGAGUCCUUCGCCAAUGGGGUUCUUUGCCGACGUAAGUUGUUAAUUUUUCUACAGUGAGUGUGCACGAGAGACAUCUGGAUAAUCACCUGGUAAAAGACAGUCCGAACUCCCCAAGCUGCAUCUAGAUGGUUACUGAAACUACCAUCAACAUACUACUAACAUAAAUUAAACAGGUCCCUUUGUGUAAAUUUACUUUUACUCAGAUGAAAUUUUUACAGUGCGAAUGCUGUGAAUGAUUUUUUCGCCGUUAUUAUGCAAAUUCCCCACCUAUUUCGCAGUUAUUUUCCACUAUUUGAUUUAUGCAUAAUUCUCACUAAAGCUACAUGCAAAUUUUUUUCAAUUUAGCUAUUUCCAUUCACACCCGUACGGUUUAAAUGUAGUUUUAAGAGCUUCUGUCAUUUAAAACAAAUAAACUGACUGGUAAAAUAUAAUGACUGACCAUCGCUUCCACAGAAACAAGGCUUUUUGAGGCUAUUGGAGGACCUGAAGUAUCCCUAAGAGCUUACUAACUGUUUCGAAAUGACAGAAAAAGCUGAGGAGCAAUAAAAAAAUCGUGACCAUCUCGCAACCUCGAAGGACAAAAAUUACCAAAUUGUAUGCGAUGGCUUUCAAAAAAUCGAGUUUUUUUCGGAAAUUUUCCCGUGUUUGUACAACGAAACCAGGGCCCCCAAACGGGCUAUGUGGUAGAUACCCUGGAUCAACACAGGGGCCAUAUCGGAUUCUGGCUGGCGUUAUCGGAAUGCGUACCGUAACUAAUGACAAUAUUUCAGGGUGCGAUGGCAGACGCAGUUUCCGGCAUUGGCCGCGAACACUGGGACCCUUGCAACCCUCCCAAUUGUUGCUGUUGAUUAAAAUCCUGGUCAUUUGCUGUGUGGACCAGGGGGUGUGGAUUGGAGCUUCAAGGUGCGGGACUGACUGUGCCGUUCAUCUACGUCCUCCCUCGUCUCCGGUCUUUUUGAAUCUGUCUCGACAACGGGUCCACGUGGGGAGAGGAAAAGAGAGUGAGGUAGAUGCUUCACAAGUCCACAGUCGCUGCAAACUAAUUCACGCGCAUGUCACCGUCCCUGCCUCAUCUGGCUUUGGAGCACACGGUGGCCAUUGUUGACAACGACGGUCGAACUAUUAUCACUGCGGAACCACCCCUCCAGUCCUGUUCUCUGCCACAGUUCGUCAGCAGCACACUUACAAUCACAGUAUUAUUUACACCGCAGCUAAUUUGGUCAGAGUCAAAUAAGUUGGAUCCAGCCAAAUUACCUGGGUCAGAUGAAACCCCAAGUGUACUCCUACUUCAACUAGCAGAAGAAUUAGCAGAAUCACUAUGUAAAAUUUUCGAAAAAUUGCUCGAAGUCGGUAAACUUACUGAUACAUGGGAGUUGUCAAAAGUCGUACCCAUCCACAAGGAAUGAACACGGCCAUAUCUCACUGACUACCGGCUGGUCAGCCUAAAAUGCAUUUGCUAUAAGCUGAUGGAAAGAGUAACUAAAAAAUCAGUCACAUCGCUCGAUACAUGUCGAUGUCACAUCAGUUCAUUUCAACAUGGUUCCUGUGAAAAGAGGUCUUGCCCCACAAACCGGCUUACGUCGGUCGAGCAUUGGUCAAAGGCCAUGGAUGAAGGGCGUCCAGCAGAUGUUAUUUAAUUUGACAUCAGUGAGGCGAUCGAUUGUGUUCAACAGAAGCGCCUUUUUCAAAAGUUGUCAGACGUAGGGAUAAGAUGAAAUUUCCUGAACUGGAUUCAAAAUUUCUUAAACGGACGCAGAAAACAGUUGCUGCGUUAGGCUACUGCUCAGAUUGGGCGCCCUUUAAAAGUGGAGUCCCGCAGUGGUCAGUUCUUAGGCCGUUCCUAUUCGCCAUCUAUGUAGAUGCUCUGGUACGGGAAGUGAAAUCGGACAUAGCGCUCUUUGCAAAUGAUCUCAGAUUAUCAAGGAGGAUAAGAGAUAAAAAGACGCCCAGAUAUUACAAGAAGACGUAAAGAAUCUUUACGCAUGGAGCGAGAGCUGACGCAUGAAAUUCGCCAUCGAAAAUAUGUGGUUAUGCUCAUAGUAUUCUCAAGACGAAAAAUAAAUUAACUCUAGACAAUCAACCACUUGAAACCGUAGACGUGCAAAAAGACCCUGGCGUAUUCAUCAAAGACGACUUGAGCGUCACCACGCGGUUUUCUAAAGUCGCAGCGCGAGCAAUGUCAGUUACGAGCGCGACACGAAGAACGUUUAUUAACUUCAAUGUAGAUGUCUUCGGUGUGGUAUAGGGAGCAUUUGUGCGGCCGCACCUGGAAUAUGCGGUACAGGCUUGGCGGCCGUGUCUUCGGAAGGAUGUAGACGUUCUCGAAGGUGUACAGCGACGUGCUACAAAGUCUGUUCAUGAACUCAAAAAGUUUACGCAUGAGUAGCGCCUGACUGUCUCGCAUGUCUGUUUCCCCUACUACAGACGGGACAGAGGCGACCUUCUAGCAGCGUUUCAGUUGGUAAGAGGACCUGAUCUAAAUGUGAACUGGGGAACUCUUUUUGAAAUAGCAUCAAGGACUAAUCACAGAUGGCACUAUUGCCUUCUUAAAAAUGGAACUGUGCCACACUAGUCAACGCUCUUUCUUUUUCUCACCAAUAGGAUACUUUACCUACGUAUGUUGUAAAUUCCCCCUACCGUGGGUGUGUUUAAGAGACAACUGGAGAGUCACCAGUUAAAAGGCAAACCGGACUCCCCAAACCCCAUCUAGUGGAUUACUGAAAUAACUAUUAACACACUACUAACGGGAUUUCAACAGAUCCUCUUGUGUACAUUAACCUUGACCCAGAUGAAAAUUCCAUAGUUCGAAUGCAGUGGGCGUGCUCUUCGACGUUAUUUCGCAGACACCACAUCUUUUUAACAUUUAUGCCUCACUGUCAGUUUUAUACAUUCUGCAUACUAAAGCUACAUGUCAUUAACCCUACAUAUACUACUUAUACUGACUGAACUUUAGCAAACUAUACAAGGGAACAGGAAAAUCAAAUAUAGCAUGUGACAGUCGGCAAUCUGACACCGCAAACAAGCAAGCUGUGCGUCAAUCUCAGAAGACCUCGUCGCAAAUAUGAGGGAAUUAACCAUGACAGGAACAAAUCAUAUGACAUGAGUAGUGCAACAGAAUCGAGGAGUAUCUAAGGGCAUCCGUCCUGACAGGAAUUCACCUGGACCAAAUGUAGUUCAGAACCUUCGAAACCUUCACAAUUUUGUCUAUUAAACUUGACAGCAGUUUUGAGGCAGAGUUCAUUGUAAUAGUGUUCAGCAGAAGUUGGGGUACGGUGGCCCCUGGCGGUCUCGGUGCGAAAAUCUCGAAAGAAGAGGGGGAUCCGAUUGCGCUUGUCGCACCAGUUCUGUGUUUCUGCAGAAUGUGACUGUCUGCUAACAUAAUAAAAAUAGUAAAAACUUCUGUAAAGAAAUGACCUGAAGUCUCUACAAGGACAAACUCACGUUUUACUCAGGGUUUGUUUUUUGCCAAAACAGUCAGCAAUCACAGAAGGAGUUGACGUGGUACCAGUUACGUUCCGCUAACAGAUUUCCAUAAUUUCGCUCUUCAUAGCCCUUUGAUUCUAUUGAGCUAGAUUUUCCGCAACUCCGGCCUAAUCAAUAUGAUCAUUAAUAAAUGGAAUUAACUACCGAGAAUUUUCGAAUGACAUUCAUUUGUGGUGGUCGAACGUUGAAAUAUAACAUAACAUGCCAGUCUAUUUACUAGCUAAGACGUCCCAAUAACUUGGUUGAUCACGAGGAAGUUCCGCGUUUCUUUGCCGCUGGGGACAUGUACUCAGACGUGCGUUGGACAGACGGCAGGUUUACGGUAUCGCCGUUGAACGCAACUGUGUGUAAUGGACGGUUGUCCAGGUUUGAGAGGAGUGUCCAGAAAGGAGUAUUUUGGUAUGCACCGAUACCAUUACCUUAGCAGCAAAACGAAAUUAUUUUGAAAAAGGUCUUCUGAUUUUCCUUGCUGGUUCUAGUAGCUUAACUUCGAAGUCACCAAAAAUACACUUUCGUGAAUGGGUAUGGAAUCAGUUUUAGAAAGACUCAGAGUCUCAUAGACUUUUUGAUGGUCUUCCAGUUCUGAAGGCUUUCUUUUUACCGUAACUGCUCAGUUCAUUACUUAGUACGUAAGAAUAUUUUAGCAAAAACGAUUUCCAUCGAGAAGCGGCUGCGUGGAAUGCGACAUAGUCUUUCAUGCAUCUCAAAUACUUGUUUAGAUUUCGAGAUGGAAGAUCCUACCGGUCGGAAGCAUAUUUCUAAAUGGGAUGUGACUGAUCGGACACUUUCACCCAUGCCAAGAAACACAGUCAGUCGAGUGUUUUUGUGUAUUCUGCUGGCAUUAAAAAAAUAAAAAGGAUCUGUGCACAGUCUGGCCUUGUAAAGACGUCUGAACCGAAUCCUUUGAACCAGUGUUAGAAAUUUAAAUAUCGAAAAUAGUACUAUAAAGCCCCGUACGGAUCCUACGCACUCGAAAGUUAGUCAACAGUGCCGUGUAUUUCAAAAAAUACCAGUUUACGCACGUGGUAAGUAUCUUUCCCCUAUGCGAAUCAGUGAUCAAAUCACUAAGUUGAGCUGAUUGCCCUUAUUACUUGGUGGUUGUAUUGAGUAAGUGUGUUGCCAACUCUGUCUGAAACAAUGUGUAAAAUAGUGGUAUUUUGUGGGAAAUGACAAAGCAGAUAGCUGUGCAUUAGUUUGCUCUGUACAAACUUUUAAACGUGCAGCCCAGUGGCUAAAAGGGUAAAUUUUGGUUUAGAACAUGACAAAAGCGCGAGGUUUGCGCAGAGUUCAACACAGUCCUGCCAAAACAUUGCCAAUCCUUGUGUUAGGGCAAUCUUUCUUCCCAACGCCCUGUUAACGUCCUGUUUUCUGCGGUUAAUUGCUGGAUCGCAGACCGGAAAGAUCAGAGCCCUUCAGCAUUCAUUGUCUAAAUGUUUGAACUUGCACAUAUGCUGACCUGAUCGGAGUAAAGUUCGAAAUUUAAUGGAAGUCUUUGAAGUCAGUAAAAAUGCGGAAGAGGAAGAGAUUACUUGUUACUUCGUGGAAAUGACUCUGUCAUGCUAGGCUGCUCCGUCCCUCCAUCUGUUAACCAAGAAAGGAAUAUGGUAUUUUGAGGAUUUUAGCGGAUUUUAAACGAUGGUCAUCAGAAACGAUGAAAAGAAUGAUAUUCAGUGGGUCGACUUGUUUGAGCGAUCACAUUUUGCUAGUCUCCACAUCAAUAUGUCAUUUUGUAAGUGUGAAGACUUUCCCGAAAUGAUGCUUUAUGGUGAAUAGAUUGUUGCUCCAGCUCGCUUUUCUGUCAACCAUGAGGAAAUGUAGGCCUUUACAGGAGUAAUUAAAACACUUCGAAGAUCAUACAUCAUUAAAAGGCCCUUUCUAUAGACAAAGUUGUUUAAGCCUUCGACACAAGAGCAUUAACGAAGGUUAUUUCCUGCACACAUCCAUCUUCUAAAAAUGCCGGACGAGCUUACUUGGCAAACUACGUGCUAGCAGUAAUACAAUUGGUCAAGUGCAUGAAGACAUAUUAUUUCAAACACAACUAGUUUCUACAGUCCUAUCCUGGUAUCACACUACGGUGAGAAACCUCACUGUCCCCACGUCGCUAUUACUCGUGAAAAUUGUCUUAAGUGGCAUGGCCUUUGCAUUAAAUGUUAUGACCCGGAAUAAAGGUAGGACAGUAAGAGCUGGUUCGGAGGACAAGCACUUUAUUGGUAACUUGUGGAAACGAGGGGUUACAACUCGUAAGAUGCGCUAUUUAUAUUGGCUCCUGUGCGUUCAAGAGCAUUCCGCCUAAUUAGGUGCUAGCGGCUGAGGGCGUUCUAGAAUGUUCCUGUCCCGGGCGUGCUAGUCGCUGAUUGGCCACCGCGUGCGCGAUAGUCCCCCCCCGGCGGAAACGUCUGGAAUGUUCGACCAGCCAUUGAUUGGGCCGCACACAUGAGCAAAGCCACCACGCGUACUCGGCGCUGCAGUGCACGCCGGUCGGCCGUCUUACUUCACGCGUGUCUCACGCCGCCGGCUUGGUCUCCUGUUCAGCGCCUUAGGCCGUGGCUCUGCGUCGCUCGCACUUUCCGUAACAUUAGGUAUGCCUCAAAAUGGAUGAGAUCAACCACUAACUCUCGAGGUGGGUCCCGUGGUCACUUGCACGUGAUGUUCUUUGCAGUAGAGGAGAUUUUCGACGCAUCUGCUUAGAUAGAUAGAUUAUUUUUAUUAAAGACCCGUCGGGGUCCCAUCAAAGCAAGUUAAAAUAAAUUUGCAUGCGAGUUUUAGACGAGGUAGGCCGAUUCUUUACAAAAUGCAAUUCAUAGUUUCUGAAUUAGAAGUCCACUGAGAAACAUGAUGAUUGAGGGGUGAAAAAAAACUCCUUACAAAAAGUUAAAAAUGAUUGGAUUAAUUUUACAGGAGAAAAAAAACCCCUCCAUAAAAAUAAUAACAGAAAAAAGCGAGCAGGACUGGCCUGUAGGUGGCGGUAUAUAACGGAAUGUUGUCGUUCAUCGUCAGGGUAGCAAUAAAUGUCAGCCUUGAUGGGUACGAUUGUGGGUCAGACAGGACUGGCUUGCGAAUGGCAUUGUAUACGGGAUUCACAAUUGAGAUCGUCUGGGCCGGAUUGGUACGCCGCGUCAAAGAGGCCAAACGAGAGGAACCGAGAUGCGAUCGGCCACAGCACGCUUCGAGCUCAGCCGAGCAGUGAGGAAGGGAAGUACGACCAAACUUAUAGUAGACAGUAAAUACUGAGGGUUCCGCCGUGAGCGUCGACAGACCGCAUGAGGUCGGAAUGCGGGAGAUGACAUCCAAAACCGCGAAAAUUGUCGCUAGGGGGGGAAGGAUAGCUUAACUGCCUUUUCCCACACAAACCACGCCCCGGUGGCAAGAUAAAGUAAAGACUACCGGAGGCGUGUGUGGGCGCAGUGGCUGACAGAGCCAAGGGGUUGGUCUACGCGCGCCACACACAAACUGGUCUUCAAAUCUAUGAAAGGGCAUUUAGGCCCCGUUCGGAAGGAUCGCGCUUAGAAGGGUAAUUAGAACCUGACCCCCAGUUCUAAGUAAGACCAAGUUAUCCAAUCAGUGCCACACACAAAAUGGUCUUUAAGUCCACAAAUUUCCUCCACGAAAGGGCAGCUGGGUCCCGUUCGUAAGGAUCGCGUUAAGAAGGGCCAUUAGAGCCUGACCCUCGGUUCUAAGUAAGGCCAAGAAAUCCUUCAAGCUGAGAUUGAUAGUGCGUCCGGAUAGUUUGAAAACGUGUUUGCUAGUUUAUAAAAAAACAAAAAAAAACAACUUGAUUGCGGCGUCCUAGUUGAACCUACCGCAUUCUCCCUUCGUAUGCCUCGAAAAGACCCGUGCGAAGGCCCAAUUUCUCUGGUCAUGUUGGGCAUUGAAAGCGUGUUUGGCGGUUAUUGGCCAAGGUUUCGGGUGCUUGCGCUUCAGUCGCGCUGCAAGAGACUUAGAGUUGACAGAUUGGGUUAGAGUCAACGGCCACUGCAUUUCAUCUGACACAACAGCUGAACUCUUGGUGUCUUUUGGGGGUUAGAUCUGAUCUUGCAGCCGUCCCUGAAAUGGCUAAACCUCGACGGCCUGUAAUACGGGGACGGCGUUAAAGGGAAUUUUACGGGUGGGGCAAUCGGCUACGUUUGUGAGAUGGUUGCGAAGUUGCCAUGGAAAAAUGAGUUAAUGAAGUGUGCAAUAAAGCUUUGAAUGAGCUUAAGUUGAAGCGCCAAUGAUGAAAAUACGGUAGGUAUCCAACCAGCCAAUCUAAAGUGACGAUGCGUGGUCACCGUCAUUCGGCAUAGUGUGCAGCGGCACCUGGUGAAGAUUAUACUGCUGAACUGCUGACUUGUUUUAAGUAGGCGAGAUUAUGCUGACGUAGCACAACUGCACAUUGUUGGAAAAGAAAUGGGCAGCGUUGUGCUCGGGUUUAGAGGUAUGGUUAGUCUUAGGAUUUGGGUUGGUGUGAGGGUUAGACUUAAGGCUAGGGCAUGGAUUAGGGUUGCCCUUACUCUACCCCAAACCGUAACCGCAGACCUAACACUAAACCUAACCCCUAACCCUAACCCAUAGCCCUAACCACCAACCCUAACCCCCAAUCCCUGACCCUAACCCCUAACCCUAUUCUCACCCCUAACCGUAACCCCUGACUCCAACCCCCAACUUCUAACCGAGAUAACUCGAAGGUUAGAAGGAAAUGACAAACACGAAUUUGAACUGACCACGCCUACUCAAAGUCAAUAAGUAGCUCAACAGUAUAAUGUUCUGUGUAUAUGGCUGCACAAUCACAUCUUACCCGUCUGGGCUCCAAUCUCUGAGGCAUAACCUUUUGUGUGCGCCUUCAUUGCUGCUAGUCGAAUGGAAGGCCUCUGGACGCUUCUUCGUUACGCUGACCUCCAUAUGCAUAGCGGAAAUGUUGCGUUUCAUGUACUAGACCCAUCCAGAGGGAAAUAUUUUUCCCUCGCGUCUCUUACAUUUACGCGCAAGGGGUAUUUUUCUGAUAGGCUGGACACGGCUUCUUGUGCACUUCUUUGUGCAUUACGUCUAAGUCCGAGGGGUGUCCUCUUCCUGAGAGCAAAUGAGUUUAACCAGCUCCUUCCAAUGCGACAGCAAAAGGCUUUUGACAUUGUGGCUCGAUCUCCUGCUGAAGUAAAUUAAGGUGCGACAGAGAGUUGAAGAGCAAUUGUCCAUUCUGAGUAAAAGAACUUUAUGGUAGCCUAAACUGCGUGCCCAAGAGGAAUAAGUGUCGAUCAGAACGGCCGUACGUGCCACCACAUAUGAGUACAGCUAUAGCAUUUAAGGGAUAUCUUAAACAUGUGAAUUCACAGUUGUAAAGUGAAAACCUCACGCGCAAGCAGCCUUUCAUUACAAAUAUUCACGAAAGUACAGUAAAUUUGUUAACUGAUGAAAUACGCCGAAAUUUUGCGAAACAUUGCUCGCUACUCGCAAACCGACAUAGGCGAGUGAACCAAGGCUCCCAAUUAAUAACGUGGAACUUUAAGCAAAUUGAAAGCAUAAAGGAAAUAAUAUAAGUCAUAUAACGUUGUUUAAAAGUAACAUUUUUAGAAAGGCAGAAAUGACGAAAACAUGCAAUUCAUAAGCAGCUCACCGUGAGUGCAACAGGUCAGGCGCGGGUGGCCGUUUCACGGUCGUUGCCAAUCAUCAGCUCGUCAUAGGCCUUAUGAACUGAGGCAUAUAAACAUCUCGAGCAAGCGCGUGACAGAUCAGUGGACUAUUGGCAACCAUCGGGUGAAGGUCCCCAAACACACACACGACCAGCCAAAGUUGCCAGCCUCACGGGAAAAGUCGUAAUAGGGGGUUUUACGGGCGGGGGACAUAUGUAUGCAUCAUAGUUUGAACUUAUCUGUCACGCGCUUACUCGACAUGUUCAUAUACCACACUUCGUAAGGUCUGUGACGUACUGACGAUCGACAAGGACCGUGAAACAGCCACCUGCGUCUAACCCUUUGCGCUCUUAGUGACCUGCUUAUGUGGUGUGUGUCCUAUGGCACAACACUCGCUAUCGCUAGUAGCAAGCUGGCGCGCGGACAGAAUGGAAUAAGGAUCCUAACCGCAACAGUGGCGAUCACGCGCUUAUUGGACAUGUUUAGGAAUUAAUGUUGUGUUAAUUUUGGCGGUUAGCCGACAGCCUGCAAUUUUUUCGUAGAGUUCAAAACCGUUUCAAGGGGACUGACUUUAUUUUUUCCAGCUGUACAUUGCUUGAGAUAAGGUUGACUAAGGCAAAUAGGAAUUCGUUUGAUCUUGCCCAUAGGGACCUCACCUGAACAAAAGUUUCCACAAAGUAACAUGUUGAUAGGUUGGUAAAUGACUAAUAACUUUGGAUAGAACUAGCAGAUGUAGUCGUAAACAUACUGAGAGAAUUUCCUACAUGUCAAAGUCCUUCAAAGCUUUGUCUUGUGCUGGGGUUCGUCGAGUUUCAGAAUGCCCUUGAAAUGUCGGAGGAUAAAUCACAAUUUACAGUGUUUUCAAUCGAUUGCCCACGAAGGGAAAUUUAGUGCCUUGAGUUUAAAAACCUUUAAAAAAGAUAUUUCUUGAGAGCAGUUAUCGAAGGAGUGAGUGCCUGGACAUCCUCUCUCAAUGCAGAUGGUUGUUUGAGUCAUGCUUGUUGACCUUCCCAAACAUAAAGCAUCAUCGUCAAGAAAAACAAAAGUACACAAUGAACGCAAUGACAUGUCUGGUCGGUUGAAUUUACGUCAUCACUUCUCAUGAGUUAGGUCACGUACUGAGCAAACAUUUUACCUUUGGGCAUAGACCGUGUUGGCUUUCUCCCAAAUAAACAUUUACAGGCGUCCGGGCCCUAAAAAAUUACAUCACGUUGUAUAGCAUCCCAUAUUUAGCCCUCCCCCCUACGCAACUUCUUUUCCUUGACAGAACUUGAAACUGUUUUUCCCGGAGUUCAGGAUAGAUAGAUAAUUUUUUAUUAAAGACCCGUCGGGGUCCCAUCAAAGCAAGUUAAAAUAAAUCUACAUGCGAGUUUUAGACGAGAUAGGCCGAAUUUUUACAAAAUGCAAUUCAUAGUUUCUGAAUUAUUAGUCCAUUGAGAAACAUGAUGAUUGAGGGGUGAAAAAAACUCCUUAAAUAAAGCUAAAAAUGAUUGGAUUAAUUUUACAGAAGAAAAAAAACCCUCAAUAAAAAUAAUGACAGAAAAAAGCGAGCAGGACUGGCCUGUAGGUGGUGGUAUAUAACGGAAUGUUGUCGGUCAUCGACAGGGUAGCAAUAAAUCUCAGCCUUGAGGGGUACGAAUGUGGGUCAGAUAGGACUGGCUUGCAUAUGGAAUUGUAUACGGGAUUCACAAUUGGGAUAUGGACUUUGCGGGCUAAUGUCUCUCUUCAACUUUCGAACGUCCUCUUAAGAGAAGGUUGGUGGAUGGCAAAGGUGAGAUAGAUGUUAAUGCCCAUGUACGGUUCAGUUGAGGAUCUGAACAGGGUUUUCCUUUUUUCUGUGACACUUCAGUGUUGAGAUAUCAUGGACAGUCGCGGAGUGCCAGAGGGAGUCAGUGCCAAUAAUAACAAGGGAGACUGAAAUAAAGUCUUCGAACUUAGUUGCCAUUUCACCUCUGAAAGAUCAGGGGUUGGACAAGUUGUAUUUGGUCUUUUGGUUAUGUCCUGUACGAGUUGAGCCGAGGACGAGAAGCUGGACGUACACGAAAUCCCAAACACUGAGUGGUUUAAGAAUUUAGAAGUGUGAAGCUGCAUGCUGACAAAAGUCGCUGUUCAUGUUACAAAAUAUGACGUGAUCAAAAAUGGGCGGAAUCAGAGUGCAAAAUAUAUCUCUUCGAAACGUAUCUGAACAGCACGUAAACAAGAUAUCCCAUCAUAAGGACGCAGAUAAAAUGAUAACCAAAAGGACUUAUGACAGUUUAAAUGACAUCACCGUCAAACAACUGAUCUACUGACAGGCAGCGUCGGGGAACAUUUCGGCUCAUGGUAGCAAACCACCAUUGGUUGGGAUUUGCGAUGAAUUCAAGUUCAAAGAGUCAUUCAGUUUGGGAACUAUCUUCCAAAAACAGCACGAUUCCCUCAAAUUAAUCAAGAGGUAACUGAAAGACAAAAGUGCUGGAAAGUGGUCAGCAGACCAUAAAAGCCAUUCAACUUAUACUCUGCGACAAAAACGACUGACUGUCAAAGGUAACUCUUCAAGGUCAUACUCUUCAGUCGGUGUUGAUUGAUCCCGAGUUUCUGUUCAGUAAAUGAACACUAUUUUCGCACAUGGUCAAUUCUCUUGCAGGGUGACAAGGGCAUUCAGCAAUAGAAAUAAUUAUUUGUAAACUUGGGCGCACAUAUUUCAUGUCGGUAUGUUAGUGGGCUACUAGGGUGAAACUGACGCCUGUGCCGAAGGCAGACAAGCUCGUCGUCCGCGGUGACUUCAACGCCCGCGACGACACAGAACAUGCCGCCUGGAGGGGAGUGCUGAGUCAACGCGGAAUCGCCGGCUGCGACGACAAUGGUAUCCUUUUCCUGCGAACCUGCAGUGAACAUCGCCUCCUCCUGACCAGCACAUUUUUCCGUCUGCCGGUGCGGAAGAAGGCCGAUCGCGGCGCUGGCAGCUGCUGGAUUAUGUUCUCGUUCGGCGGCGGCGAGAUCGAUGGGACGUAA